AUGUCGCUCCAGACCAAGGAGGCGUCGCGCGAGGCGGCGCGCCGCCUGCUGCUCAAGGUUGCCGCAAAGAAGCCGAAACCACCAGCGUCGCAAGGCCUGCCGGCGCCGCUGGUGGCGCUGGCCGGCGCCGCCGCCGCCGGCCUCGUCGCCGCAGCGUACGUGUACCUCAUCCGCGGCGACGGGGCCGCGGACGCGAGCGCGCCCGCUCAGGCACUGGCGGAGCCGCCUGCAGCAGCAGAGCCCGGCGGCGGCGGCGGUGGCGGCGAGGAGGAGGAGGAGGAGGAGGAGGUGCCUCGGUGCGCGGUGUGCGGGAGCGACGGCCGUGUGGGGCUGAUGCGGUGCAAGGGGUGCCGCGAGGUGCACUACUGCAGCGAGGCGUGCCAAAAGGAGCACUGGAAGGUGCACAAGCCCGCCUGCCGCGCUGCGCAAAGGGCCGCCGCCGCCGCCGCCGCCGAGGCCACGGCGGAGGGGCAGGGCGAGGCGGCGGAGGCGGCGGCCGCAGGCGAGGCCGAGGAGGCCGCCGAUGCGUCGGCGAGGAGCGACGCGCCGCCGCUCGAACGCGACGACUCGGGGAGCGGAAGCAAGUCGGACGACGGCGUCUUGGUCUGA